CUUAUGGUGAGGUUCCGGCGGCCACUCGUGAACUAUGGUGGCGGUUGUUCAAGGCUUCCCAUCGUUGGCAUUUUGCCCUAGACCAAGCUAUUUUCAAAGAAUACAAUUCUAGGAUUUCUGGGUGGUUGAGACCCACUUUUAGGACUGCCCGGUCUACGGGUAAAAAGCCAAAAUUCCUUGGCGAUGAUGUGUGGGAGAUGCUUUGCCGCCACUGGGCUACGGAUGCCUCAUUUUUGCUGAGAAGCGAAACGGCCAAGGCAAACCGGAACUCCGAGAAAGCCAAGGAAGUUCAAUGGCACGGGGGCCGCAAACCCCAAAUUCAACAUAAAAAAGAUCUGGAAGGAUCUGGACCCGUGAAAAAACGGGUCACGCCAUUGAAACUCAUGGCACAUUGCUGGACGAAGAAG